ACUGCCGCCGCUGCUUCUCUACUACUACCACUCUCUCUCUUCUUCUCCUUGGUGUUCUUGUCCUCUCUCUCCCUCUACGAGAGGAGCAGCAGCGGCGGAGAGAGAUUGGCACGACCAGUCCAGAAACCGAGGGUGAGGUGAGCAGCGACAGAGGAUACAGCACCGAGCGUUUCUGCAUGCAGGAGGGAGGGGAUAGAGUGAUAAGCGCGAGCAAGAUUGGCAGCAGGAUGGGGCGAGUCGGCCUGCGAAUUCCUUCCUGUUUUGGAUCGCUGUGAGUUGGGGUGGGGGAAUCCGUGCGUGCAUAAAUAGGUGCGCCGCCUGCCGAGGGGAGGGAGGGAGGGGACGACGCGGAUCAAGCACGCCGCCAAGAUCGAUCGCUCGGUUCAUCUUGCUGCUGGUGGUGGUGUUGUUGAGAGGGAGUAGCUGGUCGGUUUGGGGGAGGAGGAGUCGGCGGCGGCGGCCAUGGAUUUCGGCGACGAACCUGAGGGCUCCGACAGCCAGCGCCGCCGCAAGCGCUACCACCGCCACACCCCUCGCCAGAUUCAGCAGCUCGAGGCGAUGUUCAAGGAGUGCCCCCACCCCGACGAGAACCAGCGGGCGCAGCUUAGCCGGGAGCUCGGCCUGGAGCCGAGGCAGAUCAAGUUCUGGUUCCAGAACCGCCGGACCCAGAUGAAGGCGCAGCACGAGCGGGCGGACAACUGCUUCCUCCGCGCGGAGAACGACAAGAUCCGGUGCGAGAACAUCGCCAUCCGCGAGGCGCUCAAGAACGUCAUCUGCCCCACCUGCGGCGGCCCUCCCGUCGGCGAGGAUUACUUCGACGAGCAGAAGCUUCGCAUGGAGAACGCCCGUCUGAAGGAAGAGCUCGACCGCGUGUCGAACCUCACGUCCAAGUACCUCGGCCGGCCGUUCACGCAGCUCCCACCGGCGACGCCGAUGUCCGUCUCGUCGUUGGACCUCUCCGUGGGCGGGAUGAGCGGGCCCGGGCUGGGCGGCCCAUCGCUCGACCUGGACCUCCUCAGCGGGGGCUCGUCGGGGAUCCCGUUCCAGCUGCCGGCGCCCGUGUCGGACAUGGAGCGCCCCAUGAUGGCGGACAUGGCCACACGCGCCAUGGACGAGCUGAUCCGCCUCGCUCAGGCGGGCGACCACAUCUGGUCCAAGAGCCCCGGCGGCGGCGUGUCCGGCGGCGACUCCCGCGAGACGCUCAACGUCGACACCUACGACAGCAUCUUCUCCAAGCCCGGCGGCUCGUACCGCGCGCCCAGCAUCAACGUCGAGGGGUCCCGCGAGUCCGGCCUCGUGCUCAUGAGCGCCGUCGCUCUCGCCGACGUGUUCAUGGACACGAACAAAUGGAUGGAGUUCUUCCCUAGCAUCGUGUCCAAAGCUCACACCAUUGAUGUCCUUGUGAAUGGCAUGGGUGGGAGAAGCGAGUCCUUGAUUCUGAUGUACGAGGAGCUGCACAUCAUGACGCCGGCCGUGCCGACUCGGGAGGUGAGCUUCGUCCGCUACUGCCGGCAGAUCGAGCAGGGGCUGUGGGCCAUCGCCGACGUCUCCGUCGACCUGCAGCGUGACGCCCACUUCGGCGCGCCGCCGCCGCGCUCCCGCCGUCUCCCGUCGGGGUGCCUCAUCGCCGACAUGGCCAAUGGCUACUCCAAGGUGACCUGGGUCGAACACAUGGAGGUGGAGGAGAAGAACCCAAUCAACGUGCUCUACCGCGACCUCGUGCUCAGCGGCGCCGCGUUCGGGGCGCACCGCUGGCUCGCCGCGCUCCAGCGCGCGUGCGAGCGCUACGCCUCCCUCGUCGCGCUCGGCGUCCCGCACCACAUCGCCGGAGUGACGCCGGAGGGGAAGAGGAGCAUGAUGAAGCUGUCGCAGCGCAUGGUGAACAGCUUCUGCUCGAGCCUGGGCGCGUCGCAGAUGCACCAGUGGACGACGCUGUCGGGGUCCAACGAGGUGAGCGUCCGCGUCACCAUGCACCGGAGCACCGACCCCGGCCAGCCCAACGGCGUCGUCCUCAGCGCCGCCACCUCCAUCUGGCUCCCCGUCCCCUGCGACCACGUCUUCGCCUUCGUCCGCGACGAGAACACCCGCUCCCAGUGGGACGUCCUGUCGCACGGCAAUCAAGUCCAGGAAGUGUCGCGCAUCCCCAACGGCUCCAACCCCGGCAACUGCAUCUCCCUCCUAAGAGGCUUGAAUGCGAGCCAGAACAGCAUGCUGAUCCUGCAGGAGAGCUGCACGGACGCGUCGGGGUCGCUGGUGGUGUACUCGCCGAUCGACAUCCCGGCGGCGAACGUGGUGAUGAGCGGCGAGGACCCGUCGAGCAUCCCGCUGCUGCCGUCGGGGUUCACCAUCCUCCCCGACGGCCGCCCGGGGUCGGCGGCGGGGGCGUCCAGCAGUAGCGCCGGCCCGGUCGCCGCCCCGCGCGGCGGCUCCGUCGUCACCGUCGCGUUCCAGAUCCUCGUGAGCAGCCUCCCGUCGUCCAAGCUCAACGCCGAGUCCGUCGCCACCGUCAACGGCCUCAUCACCACCACCGUGGAGCAGAUCAAGGCCGCGCUCAACUGCUCCGCCCAUGGCCACCCCUGAUCCCCGUCGAUCUCCAUCUCCAUCUCCACCACCACCACCACCACCACCACCGAGCUACCCUAGCUCGCUCGCCAUUGCAUUGCACCCCGCUUCGUCAUCUCAUCUGACGAGAGAGAGUUGGUUGGCGCGUUGAAUGCUCGCAUUCAUGGACUCCACCUGCUGCUGCUGCUGCUGCAUCUGAAGCUGAUGCAACUCUCUCUCUUUUUCCCCAUCCAUCCAAACAAUCCGUUGCAUCCAUCCAGCCAUGAUCCAUCCAUGCAUCGAUCGCCCAAAAAAUAACUCUUUGUUUAGGUUUUCGUUGCAUUUUUGCAUAUCUUUUUCUCCCCCACCCCCUCCUCUCUCAUCAGAUUGCAGGAAUUUUUUUCGGGUUUCCUUCUUUUUUCCGAUCGCUCUUAGGCAUUUAUGCAGUCAGUCAAAUCAAUCAAUCAGUCAUCAGGAUAUCAUCAUCAUCAACCAACCAACCAAUCAACAGAAGGCUUUCAGAACGAGGGAGUCAAGAACGCACCAUGCUUGUCACUUUUCCUCUUGCUGUAACCACCAAAACACACCACCACCACCACCAUUUCACUUCACCGUUUUUCUCCAUUCUUUUUUUCUUCUUCUUUUUCUGCUGAUCCUUUUGCCGCAAAGCUGGAUUUGUUCCGUUUUGAUAUCAUCCACCAUCCUUGUCACCUCGCCGUUGUCGCUGGUGUACCAGCAGAGGAUGAAUGGUUCGGGUAUUGACUUCUGUCCAUUAAUGUAAAGCCUUCAAUGAACAUUCAUUUCGGUUAUAAAUGGAAAGAGAAAAACAAACAGAGAGUGCUGGUAAAGCUGGAUGAUGCUUUCAUGCCCCUGCUUCCCUUUUC